CGCCUCCCCCAUCUGCCUUCGCGGCUCUUCUCCGGUUUGGGGUGGCGGCCGGCUUUCCUUCUCCAUCUGCUCCGUUUUCCCCUCUCCUGCCUUCCGUUUUUCCUCGACCUCAGGGCGGCCUGCGCUCCUCCCCGCCUCCUGCGAGUGGCCGCGGAGUCCCUGCGCUUUCUCUCUUGGGUCGUCUUCCUCGCCCUCCCCCGCCAUGAAUGAGGAAUACGACGUGAUCGUGCUGGGCACCGGCCUGACGGAAUGCAUUCUGUCAGGUAUCAUGUCAGUGAAUGGAAAGAAAGUUCUUCAUAUGGAUCAGAACCCAUACUAUGGGGGAGAAAGUGCAUCCAUAACACCUCUAGAAGAUUUAUACAAAAGAUUUAAAAUACCUGGAUCACCACCAUCAUCAAUGGGGAGAGGAAGAGACUGGAAUGUUGACUUAAUUCCCAAGUUCCUUAUGGCUAAUGGUCAGCUCGUUAAAAUGCUACUUUAUACAGAAGUUACCCGAUACCUGGAUUUCAAAGUGACAGAAGGGAGCUUUGUCUAUAAAGGAGGAAAAAUCUACAAGGUUCCUUCCACUGAAGCAGAAGCUCUGGCAUCUAGUUUAAUGGGACUGUUCGAAAAACGUCGCUUCAGAAAAUUCCUUGUGUAUGUUGCCAACUUCGAUGAAAAUGAUGCUAGAACUUUUGAAGGUGUUGAUCCCAAGAAGACUUCAAUGCGAGAUGUGUAUAAGAAAUUUGACUUGGGCCAAGAUGUUAUCGAUUUUACAGGUCAUGCUCUUGCACUUUACAGAACUGAUGACUACUUAGAUCAACCAUGUUGUGAAACCAUUAAUAGAAUUAAACUUUACAGUGAGUCUCUGGCAAGAUAUGGCAAAAGCCCAUACCUUUAUCCAUUGUAUGGCCUUGGAGAACUGCCACAAGGAUUUGCAAGGCUAAGUGCUAUUUAUGGUGGUACUUACAUGCUGAAUAAGCCUAUUGAAGAAAUUAUUGUGGAGAAUGGGAAAGUGGUUGGUGUAAAAUCUGAAGGAGAGAUUGCUCGUUGUAAGCAGCUCAUCUGUGACCCUAGCUAUGUAAAAGAUAGGGUGGAAAAAGUCGGCCAGGUCAUCAGAGUUAUCUGCAUCCUUAGCCAUCCAAUCAAGAAUACCAAUGAUGCCAACUCCUGCCAGAUCAUUAUUCCGCAAAACCAAGUCAACCGGAAGUCUGAUAUCUAUGUUUGCAUGAUUUCCUCUGCACACAAUGUGGCAGCACAAGGGAAGUACAUUGCCAUAGUUAGUACAACUGUGGAGACCAAGGAACCUGAGAAAGAAAUCAGACCAGCUUUGGAGCUCUUGGAACCGAUUGAACAGAAAUUUGUCAGCAUCAGUGACCUCCUUGUACCGAAAGAUUUGGGAAAAGAAAGCCAGAUUUUUAUUUCCCGUACAUAUGAUGCUACAACUCACUUUGAGACAACUUGUGAUGACAUUAAAGACAUCUAUAAGAGGAUGACAGGAUCAGAGUUUGACUUUGAGGAAAUGAAACGCAAGAAAAAUGACAUCUAUGGAGAAGACUAACAGUACAUGCUAUUGAAUUAGGACAAACUUAAAAUUUGGCAAAUAAUGCAUAUUGUAUGAAAUCAGUAUUGUAAGGCCUGCUUUUGUAAUCAAAAUGGAGGGAGUGAACAGCGCUGUACCAGUAAAAAUAUUCCUACCCUUUAUCUUUCUAAUAUCAUGUAUUAACUUCUUUUCUUGAGAGUGGCUAUUCAGAAUUGACUGGUUACCACUUUCUGUUUAGUCUAACCAAACCACCCCAACCCAGUGAAAGAUCAGUUUUUAAAAACAUGCUACUGAUGCAGAACUUGAUACGGUAUUUUUAUCUUUUAAUCAGGGUAACCUUUGCAGUUACAUGCUCUGCUGCUGUUCAGGAACUGGACAAUUUGUGUGCCAUCUCACAUUAAGAUCCUAAAGUGAAUAUUUCAUAUUUGGAACAGCACCCCCACAUUUUCCCUGUAACUUUGUUUUGUGCUGUUUAAACUGUUAGGGCAGGAGCUCCAAAAACUGUAGCCACAGGUUUGGUUUGUGUGGGCAUAAAAUUCUAGUAAAACUCCAGACUUCAGGAGUCAUUUGCAGGAAGCAAGUUUGUGGUAGUUUAAUAAUUGAUGAGAACAAGGGGAAAGGAAUCUAUCAUAAAGCAGGUAAGGUCAAUGCAUCUUUUCUAUCCCAGGUGUGGCUUCUUCAGUGGACCAAACUGCAAUGCAGUAUUGAUUUGACAGAGCCUCUACUUCAGUCUGUCUCAAAAUGGCUCCAAAUGAUUUCUGUACUGCAAAAUAAAGCCAAAUUCUGGAAACGACAA